AUGUCUUUCCUCUUCUCUGCUUUGAUGCUUGAUGGUAAGUCCCAUGGCCACAAUGAGAAGGAAAAUGAGUAUACAAGCACAAAACAGCCACUGCAUUUUCCUGGAGCUUCUGAGGAAUUUACAGUUGAGGUACUCAAUUUCCAGCCUGAACCUGGAGCUGCUGCUGAUUCCUCCUCUAGGUCCAUGGACAGCAAUGCAAGAUGGCAGCCACCACGGGCUCAGACUAUUUAUGAAAACCGAAUAUACAGCCUUAAAAUAAAAUAUGGACCUAAAUCAUUCCCUUUUGUAAAAUUUGUAACAAAAUUUAAUAUAAAUGGAAUCACAAUCAAUUGUUCUAAUGGAGUAGUGAACCCAAGAGCCAUAUCAAUGCUAUCAAAAUGGCAAAAUUCAUGUCGUAUUAAAGUUUUCCUGCAAGAGCCUUGGCACCUAAUGAUGUCUAAAAAAAUUAUGAAACUCCCUCAGCCGACUGAAGGUCAGUGUUACAGCAAUUAA